GAGGCGUUUCCAACUGUCUGGCGGCGAUCAAUGGCCGUUGGGGCCCAUUGGCACGUCAUGCUUGGACGCCAUGACAUGCUGUCGGUCUUUGUUGUUUACCCCGUGCCUGCUUGCGACCUAUAGAUAUGCACCUUGGGAAAUCCUGGUUGAGUUGGGCCAGAUCGCUUGCCUACCAAUCAUCGGAUGCUGACGGGGGGGAGUUUGGGGGUUACUUGAAAAAGGUGAUCUGUCGCUUUUUCCGCGAUGGUGAGGCCUAACAAUCGGGGGGGUUCUGCGUUGGAGCCGGUGGAUGGGUAUCGACAGCCGGUGUCACGGGUACUGGCGACCACCACGGACAGCGUUGCUUGUUUCAGGAAAUGGAUGGAUGAUGGAUGGAUGGAUGGAUGUAUGUACUUGUCGAGCGGGAUACCUCACAAACACCAAACAGCCCUAAACGCUCCCCAGCCUGUACCUCUCCGCUGUCACCCACUCUACAGUGAGUACCUACAUCCUACAUCCAUAGUACAUACUCUGGUACCCGCAAAGCCACAAUGGAUAGAGCGUCGGGUACCUGAGGUGUUAUUUUUUGCCUUGUUCGGCGAUGCGGGAACAUCCCGUGACUGCCCGCCCGCCCUGGCCGCGCUAACCCCAGUUGGGCCUCGCGCCGUCAUCUACUCGACCCUCCGCCUCACUGCGCAUCUACCUGGGCCGGAGCAUCUCUCUCUCGGUCUCGCUCUCUAUCCUCUCAUCCACGCUCCCUGUCCACCGCCAUUUCGCUUGGUUCUGGUGCGUAGUAUCCGUCUCUCUCAUUUGUCCGUUUUCUCUCCACGUUCCCGCAGUCACAUUACCCCUGCUCUAAUCCACCCCCUCCCCUCAGAGUCCCUCGUGUUUCUGGCUUACGUCUUCCUUCAGGCUACCCCGAGCGUUGCCCUCUGUAUCGCCCAGCCCGUGCCGCCCUUUGCGAGCUGAAAUCAUCCUUUAGAUUGAUUCUCAUCCCUAGUGUGGGCUGUUCCUGCAAGACG